GUUAACUCCACGGUCGCGAGCUCGUAAGGCGCGGUAUACUCACGUUACCAUGUGCUGUAACAUUUCCGAAGUGCGCGUUUAUUGAGAUAUUAAUUCAAGAUGAGUAAAACAGUUAACGAGAGCUCGGGACAAUCUGCGAGCAAUUCUGACACAUCCAGGGCGGAUUACACGGAGUCUCAGGAGCUCCAGCCGGCAGACAUCAUAUACGUAGAUGGCGGUCUUCGCCAGUCGAAAUUUGAGGAACCUUUCUUCGCCGAUGUUGAAGAUCUCCUGGGAACUUCAUCAGCUCCAAGACCCUGCACACUGGUGUGGAGAGAUGUCACUCUACACAUUAAGCCUAAAGAUGGAAAGCUUAAAAGAUUAGUAAAUGGUGUCAAUGGGAUCGCUAAAGCAGGUUCCUUGGUGGCACUUAUGGGACCCAGUGGUGCAGGCAAGACAACGCUGAUGUCGGCUCUUGCACACAGGAACCCUACGGAAAUCGUGGUGGAUGGCGAGAUCACCAUGAACGGUAGACAGGUGGGAGACUUCAUGCAUCAGGAGAGCGGGUACAUGCACCAGGAUGAGCUCUUCGUGGAGAAUCUUACUGUCAUCGAACAUCUUUCUAUCAUGGCACGUCUUCGCAUGGAUAGACGCACUACGUCACUGGCCAGGAAGAGAAGAGUCAACCAACUGCUAAGGCAGCUCUCCUUGUAUGGCUUAAGAUACACACGUAUUGGAGGUCUUGACGGACGCAAGACCCUCUCAGGUGGUGAGAGGAAGAGACUUGCGUUUGCUACUGAGUUGCUAACAGACCCUGGACUAUUGUUCUGUGAUGAACCGACAACUGGGCUCGACUCCUCAUCAGCGCAGAAGAUGAUGACGCUACUUCGUGCAAACGCAGUAGAAGGGAAGACCGUGAUAUGCACCAUUCACCAGCCUUCAUCAGAGCUGAUGGCUCUAUUUGAUAAGUUGGUACUGCUGGCUGAAGGAAGGGUUGCUUACGCAGGGAAUGCAUCGGGGGCGUUGAGUUUCUUUGAAAGUCUAGGUUACCAUUGUCCAAUCACGUACAAUCCGACGGAUUACUUCAUAAAGGUGCUGGCCCUCACUCCAGGAUCUGAGAGUGCAUCCCGCCAUGCCAUCAAGAGCAUCUGCGACAGGUUUGCAGUCAGUGACGCUGCUAAAGAACUGGAUAUGGAAAUACACCUAGAGUAUCAUCUCAUUGAUAACCAGGACCAGAAUUCAAAAAGCGGCAAAGACAAUAGUUUUUGUGCACCGUACUUUCAUACGACGAUAGUAUGGCUGGUGUACAGGUACAUGCUGAUAAUAUUACGGGACCCCAGAGUACAAUUAUUACGAAUUGUUCAAAAAUUGGCAAUCGCCUUAACAGCUGGUCUGUGUUUCAUAGGCACUGCCCACCUUACCCAAGCUGGCAUACAGGACGUGCAAGGCGCGCUCUUCAUCAUCAUAGCAGAGAACACAUUCAGCCCCAUGUACUCGGUACUCCACAUGUUUCCUGAAGAGUUUCCUAUGCUACAUAGAGAGCUUUGGGCUGGCUUGUAUUCAACGCCGACUUAUUAUAUCGCCAGAAUGAUUGCUAUGUUCCCUGGUCUGCUGGUGGAGCCCACAUUGUUCACCCUAGUGGUGUACUGGAUCGCUGGACUCCGAACCACGUUAUAUGCAUUCAGCUUCACCGUGUUCAUCUCGAUAUUAGUCCUCAAUGUAGCCAUUGCCUGUGGAUCGUUCUUCUCAUGUGCGUUCGGUUCGAUGCCCGUCGCGAUCGCGUACCUGGUACCCUUCGACUACACUCUUAUGAUGACAUCCGGACUAUUUAUUAAGUUAAGUUCAAUACCGAAGUAUAUAUCGUGGAUUCGCCACGUGUCGUGGCUGAUGUACUCUAACGAGGCUAUGAGUAUACUACAGUGGGACGGAGUUGAAAACAUAACAUGUAGUCCUGAUGAAGCCGACGCCCCCUGCCUGAGUACGGGAGAUGAAGUACUUAGCAUGUAUGACUUCACUACGAAAGAGUUCUGGCCUGACAUAAUAGCUCUCAUCAUCUUAUACGUCAUCUUUCAUCUUCUGGCGCUCAUAGCUCUAAGGUAUAGGACCAGGAGAAAAUAGAAACAUAAAAUGAAUAUGUGAUAUUCAAACUAUUUGUUCCGGUGAAGAAUAGGAUUAAAAAUGCCUACAAGUUCUAAAUCCAAACAAACCGGUAUAGAUUACAAAAGAUGCUACAUGAUCAAUAUUGAAUCCCUUUUUUUAUUCGCACGAAUACCAAGAGUUACCUUAAUAAUAUGUUCUAUUUACGUAAUGUACCUGAUGACUGCACGUUUCUUUUAAAUUAAUUGUUAUUGUAAAGUUCUGGAAUAUUCCUAAAGCGAAAAUUAAAUAGAGUAUUUAAAUAUGAACAUUCAAGAGGAUUAUGUGAGUAUUUUAAUUGCAUGCAAUAAAAUAAUUAUUUAAUUAUAUUAAUAGUUUCAAUUAAAAGCAUAAUUAAUAUUUAUUGUAAUAUAAUAAAAUUUUAAUUCGUUAAUAUUUACCAAAUAAAUUUUAUAUACCUAUAGAUGUAGCUUUUCGAGAAUAUAGAUUGAUAAUUCGAUAUGACCUGAUUAUUAUUAC